AUGUCGUGGAAACCUUUAGAAUGUCUCAAGAGAAUCAUUUCAAAUUUUGGCACAAAUUUUGGACUUGGACUCAGAUUAAGGAACCAGGAGCUUUCAGGAACCAGGAGCUUUCAGGAACCAGGAGCUUUCAGGAACCAGGAGCUUUCAGGAACCAGGAGCUUUCAGGAACCAGGAGCUUUCAGGAACCAGGAGCUCUCAGGAACCAGGAGCCCUGAGGAACCAGGAGCUCUCAGGAACCAGGAGCCCUCAGGAACCAGGAGCUGUCAGGAACCAGGAGCUUUCAGGAACCAGGAGCUUUCCGGAACCAGGAGCUUUCAGGAACCAGGAGCUUUCAGGAACCAGGAGCUUUCAGGAACCAGGAGCUUUCAGGAACCAGGAGCUUUCAGGAACCAGGAGCUCUCAGGAACCAGGAGCUCAGGAACCAGGAGCUUUCAGGAACCAGGAGCUCUCAGGAACCAGGAGCUUUCAGCCACAUCUCAUAUGGAGAUGAUCUGGAUUCCUGUUGAUAACCUGCAGUGUGAGGGCGUGUCCUUCUCUUCAGGGGGAGGAGCCCUCACCUUGUGUGGCGCCGUGGAGUCGAUGCUCCUCGCGCGAGUUGUUGAGAAAAGUUGGAAGAGUCUUCACGCCAUUCACCCGGACUGCGCCCUGGUGGCUCAGCACAUGAGAGCUGAGGAGCAAUGCAACCAGAUCCUCAAACAGGAGGAGACCAACCGCUCCUCCAGCACAGGUUGUCCCACGGUUUGGGACGACAUCCGCUGCUGGUCCCGGGCGGCCGUGGGUCAGGUGGUGAGCGUCUCCUGUGCCAACGUGUCCCAGCUGUUCGCCAACAACCAAGGUUUCAUCUACAGGAACUGCACGGAGGCCGGCUGGUCGGAGGCGUUUCCUCCCUACGAGGACGCCUGUGAGUUUGCAGAGGACAAGGAGACGGAACCUGAGACGACGUACUUCUCCAACUUCAAGCAGGUUUACACGGCAGGAUACGCCACCUCCCUCAUCUCGCUCAUAUCCGCUAUUUUUGUCUUCACCGUGUUCAGGAAGUUCCACUGCACCAGAAACUACAUCCACAUCAACCUGUUCUUCUCCUUCAUCCUGAGAGCCAGCGCCGUCUUCAUUAAGGACGGCGUCCUGUUCUCUGAUGAGAACCUGGACCACUGCUUCAUGUCGACUACGUCCUGUAAAUCGGCCGUGGCCUUCUUCCAGUUCAGCAUCCUCGCUAACUACUUCUGGCUGCUGGUGGAGGGCAUGUACCUGCAGACGCUGCUCGCCCUCACCUUCGUCUUCCAGAAGAAAUACUUCUGGUGGUACAUCCUCAUCGGCUGGGGUCUCCCGACCACGAUCAUAUCGGCCUGGAUCCUCACUCGCAACUUCUACGACAACAAGGGGUGCUGGGACGACACAGACGUGGACUUUGUCUGGUGGAUCAUCAAAGCUCCGAUAACUGCUUCACUGCUGGUGAACUUCAUCAUCUUCAUCAACGUGAUCCGGAUCCUGGUGCAGAAGUUGACGUCUCCGGGCGUCGGGGGAAACGACACCAGUCACUUCAAGAGACUGGCCAAAUCCACUCUUCUUCUCAUCCCCCUGUUCGGGAUGCACUACAUGCUGUUCGCCUUCCUCCCAGAAGCCACCGGGGCCGAGGCCCGCCUCUUCAUCGAGCUCGGGGUCGGAUCCUUUCAGGGGUUCGGUGUGGCUCUGCUCUACUGCUUCCUGAACGGAGAGGUGCAGGCGGAGCUGAAGAAGAGGUUCUGGAAGUGGCAGACUCAGAACUACCUGCGUUACAGUAAACGCCGCCGCACGUUGUUCACUGAGAGCAGCACCGUCACUCAGAUCUCCGUUCUGGACAAGUCGAGUCCCAAAGAUCCUCCGGGCGCCGAGACGCAGGCGCUCACACACAGCGUCACCACGACGACGCCCAACAACGUGUCCACGGUGUGA